CUCCGCGGCGGCGGCUGAUGCGCUAGCCGUGUGGGGCGCUCCGGGCGGCGACGGCGGCUCUCGUAGGCGGUUCCGGCCCUGUAUCUCCGGGCGGCGGCGGCUCAUGGCGGCGACGGAGCUGAGAGGAGUGGUGGGGCCGGGCCCGGCAGCCAUUGCAGCUCCUGGCGGCGGCGGCGCCGGUCCCCCCGUGGUGGGAGGAGGCGGCGGCCGCGGAGAUGCGGGGCCGGGCUCUGGGGCUGCGUCAGGGACUGUGGCCGCGGCAGCGGCGGGCGGCCCGGGCCCCGGGGCCGGGGGAGUGGCGGCGGGGGGCUCGGGCGGCUCAGGCGCUGGGGGUUCGGGCUCGGCUCGAGAGGGCUGGCUCUUCAAAUGGACCAAUUAUAUCAAAGGCUACCAGCGGCGGUGGUUCGUGCUGAGCAACGGGCUCCUGAGCUACUACAGGUCAAAGGCUGAAAUGAGACAUACCUGCCGUGGUACCAUCAACCUCGCCACAGCCAAUAUCACUGUGGAGGACUCUUGCAACUUCAUUAUUUCCAAUGGGGGUGCUCAGACUUACCAUCUGAAGGCUAGCUCGGAAGUGGAGCGGCAGCGCUGGGUUACAGCCCUGGAACUGGCCAAGGCCAAGGCUGUGAUGAUGCUGGCAGAAUCAGAUGAAUCAGGAGAUGAAGAGUCUGUCUCACAAACUGACAAGACUGAACUGCAGAAUACGCUUCGGACCCUCUCCAGCAAAGUAGAGGACCUGAGCACAUGCAAUGACUUGAUAGCUAAGCAUGGCACCGCUCUGCAGCGUUCUCUCAGUGAGCUGGAGUCCCUGAAGUUGCCUGCUGAGAGCAAUGAAAAGAUCAAACAGGUCAACGAACGAGCCACACUCUUUAGGAUAACAUCCAAUGCCAUGAUCAAUGCCUGCAGAGAUUUCCUCAUGUUAGCCCAGACUCAUAGUAAAAAGUGGCAAAAGUCACUACAGUAUGAAAGAGACCAGCGUAUCCGACUGGAAGAGACCCUUGAGCAGCUGGCAAAGCAGCAUAAUCACCUGGAGAGGGCCUUCCGGGGAGCCACUGUGCUGCCAGCAAACACUCCCGGCAGUGCUGGUUCUGGCAAAGAUCAGUGCUGCUCUGGCAAAGGGGACAUGAGUGAUGAGGACGAUGAGAAUGAAUUUUUUGAUGCUCCUGAGAUCAUCACCAUGCCUGAAAAUUUGGGCCACAAACGUACUGGCAGCAAUAUCAGUGGAGCCAGCAGUGACAUCAGUCUUGAUGAACAGUACAAGCAUCAGCUAGAGGAGACCAAGAAGGAAAAGAGAACCAGAAUACCAUAUAAGCCAAACUAUAGCCUCAAUUUAUGGAGCAUCAUGAAGAACUGCAUUGGAAAAGAACUCUCUAAGAUCCCCAUGCCGGUGAAUUUUAAUGAGCCAUUGUCCAUGCUUCAGCGCCUUACUGAAGAUCUGGAAUACCAUGAGCUAUUAGACCGAGCUGCAAAAUGUGAGAACUCUCUAGAACAGCUAUGUUAUGUUGCAGCUUUCACCGUGUCCUCCUAUUCCACUACUGUCUUCCGUACCAGUAAGCCAUUCAACCCACUCCUUGGGGAGACCUUCGAGCUGGACCGGUUAGAGGAGAAUGGGUAUCGAUCCCUCUGUGAACAGGUGAGUCAUCAUCCCCCUGCUGCUGCGCACCAUGCUGAGUCCAAAAAUGGCUGGACGUUGCGUCAGGAAAUCAAAAUCACCAGCAAGUUUCGAGGCAAAUACCUCUCCAUUAUGCCCCUCGGUACCAUCCACUGUAUUUUCCAUGCAACUGGGCACCACUACACUUGGAAGAAAGUUACCACAACGGUACACAACAUUAUUGUGGGCAAGUUGUGGAUAGAUCAGUCUGGUGAAAUUGAUAUUGUGAAUCACAAGACAGGAGACAAGUGUAAUCUUAAAUUUGUUCCUUAUAGCUACUUCUCUCGGGAUGUUGCAAGAAAGGUAACAGGAGAAGUAACAGAUCCAUCAGGAAAAGUUCACUUUGCCCUUCUGGGGACAUGGGAUGAGAAAAUGGAAUGUUUCAAAGUAUCACCAGUCCUUGGGGAAAAUGGGGGUGAUGCUCGACAGAGAGGCCAUGAAGCAGAGGAAAGCAGGGUCAUGCUAUGGAAAAGGAAUCCUUUACCGAAGAAUGCAGAAAACAUGUACUACUUCUCAGAGCUCGCUCUGACUCUCAAUGCCUGGGAAAGCGGCACUGCCCCCACAGACAGCCGGUUGCGGCCUGACCAGAGACUGAUGGAAAAUGGGCGCUGGGAUGAAGCAAACGCUGAGAAGCAGCGCCUGGAGGAAAAACAAAGACUGUCCAGAAAGAAGAGAGAAGCAGAAGCUAUGAAAGCCACAGAGGAUGGCACACCAUACGAUCCCUAUAAGGCACUGUGGUUUGAGCGGAAGAAGGACCCUGUUACCAGGGAGUUAACCCAUAUUUAUAGGGGAGAAUACUGGGAGUGUAAGGAAAAACAGGACUGGAGCUCAUGCCCGGACAUUUUCUGAAGUGGCAGUAACAAAAAGGAGGAGGAUCUAACGGAGAAGAGGACAGAGGAUAUGUGGGAAAGCUGGCAGUUGUGACUCUCUUACCAAGUGCUUUCCACAAGUUUGUCUGUCUUGACCAAUCAUUUUUUCCAAAUCAAUCACCAGAAGCAGACACCAGUGGUGGUGAUUGGCUGGUUGCCUUAGCUGAUUGUAACUGAAAUCGACAUACUAGAUACCUGUGUAAGGGAGAGUUGUAGUGGCUGAAAGUUAGUGUUAUUCCACAUCUGCAAAGUCAAGUAUUCUUGGCUCUUCUUCCUCUGCCCCCAGUUAAGAUGAUGUCAUUCACCCUCCCCUUGUAGUAUCCUGCUCAGCCAAGAUCUGCAUAAGAUUAUGAUUUAGAGGUAUUUUGGUGCUGUUCAGAGCAAGAGCUGAUAUUAGAAGAAGUUCCUUUAAAAAGAAACACGUAAGACUUACCAAUGGAGGCAUCGUGAAUGGUUGCAGUGGAGGUAUGACACUAGGUAUGACAUUAUGAAUUAUGUUCACACAUGGGUUCAGUUUUUAUGGAUGUCCAUGCAGAGAUAACUGCAGUAUUGGAACAUUUGCAAGAGAGAUUGCUCUGUAGGGCUGGAAUAUUCAGUUACAUUCUUGGAAGUUUCCAUUUUCACUUGCGUCAAACACCCCUCUGCUGUUCUCCAUCUUCUUUGACAGCAACUGGAGACCAUUGCGGUGGUUGGUAAGAGGGUUGCAUUCUCCACAAAGGAGGUUUACAGACUUCCUCAGGCAGAGAGCUUCUGAGAACACAGACAGGAUAGAAAUGACUACUCACCACUUUUGCUAUCCCAAUUCCCAUUCACCCCAAUCCCUCAUUGUUUUUCUGGCCUCUCUUCUCUCUCCCGGCACAGUACCAAUUUGGGUCUGUGCCCCAGUGUGGAGCAAAACAUUACCUGCCCCAUCCUGAUAUAUUUCAGAAUUUGAGAGAAGUUGUUAAUCUGGAACUAAAAGUUUUUACCAUCUCUCAAGCCCCAUGGACUAGAGCCACCUCUGGAAUAAUGUGUUAAAUAUCUGUAUAUUAUAUAUAUGUAGAGAAAAAUCUAAUUUUUUUGUUUGAUUUUCCUCCUUCCCAUUAAGAAUCUUGUCUUUUGAUA